AUGUUAUUCUCUACGGUAUCAGACCUGGAUGUAGAGUCUAAGUUAUCAGACCACUACGUGUCUCCAUGGCUCCUCCAGAGGAAUGUGUUCCUACCCUCCAGCAGACCACCAUGUCUCCAGGAGCUGCACCGCACCGCACAGCAGAGCCUCAGGGCCAUGCACAGAGAUCACCAACAGAGACAGCGAGCAUGCAGCAGAGAAUGCAGAGUGACCAUCGACGUGUCAGUGGCGCCCUCUAUGUCCACGUACCCCUCAUCACGUUCUGCCAGGAGGAGACAGCAGAGGCACCGGAGCCUGACCACAACGUUUGACAGCCCCGCCCCCCGUUCCUCCUCCCCCACCGAAUGUUGCCACUUCUCUCCCUGGAGCAGAAAGGCUGGUCCUCCCUCUGACCCUGAGCGUCUCGGCCAGCGACCCCGGCACCCUGUCCCUAACGUUCCCUCCACGCUGGACAAGCAGACUAACUGGUCCAGCGUUCUGCCGCUGCCCACGCCUCAGGAGAGGAUGAAGAGCGACUCACAAGUCAUCACAUCCUGCAUCGUCCCAAUUAACGUCACUGGGGUUCAGUUCGACUCGCUAGGCCACUCUCAGUCUGUUCUUCAGAGGAGGAGGAAACUGAGGAGACGGAAAACUGUCAUCGGGAUUCCUAGACGAGUUCAGCAGGACCUAGACUCUGAUGAGUCUCCGGGCGCCAGGGAGCAGACGGUGGUCGUCUAUGGCAACCCUGUCCUCUGUAGUGAGGACCUGUUCAGCCAUCUGAACACCAAGAAGGACUCCGGCUGCCAGACUGAAGACUUCCUUGUCAGUGCUCCGUCCCGCCGCAGGCUCCGGUCACAGCGGGGUCAGCACAGGGUCAGCUCCAUCCCCACGUCCCUGUCCGUCUCCACGGGGAACAUCUCCUCUCUCCCGUUACCAGACGCCUCGGAGCGCGAUGCCAUGUUCUCCUCCUCGCUGGGUGUGCGUCUCCGGUUCCGCAGCCUGCCGAUGGAGGAGGGGAGACUGAUGGACGAGGAAGAUGAUGAGGAGGAAGAGGAGCUGUCUCCCUACAAGACUGAGGACUUCCUGUCCGGGCCGGGGGAGCUGAAGGAGGAGGGGGAGGAGAGUACCGAUGACCAGGCCCAGCCGGACCACCCUCUGGCCAGCCUGAAGUACCAGCAGCACCCUGGCAGCCCCUGGAUGGAGAGGGGCCGCUCCCGCCUCCCCCGGAAGGUUGACAUGGGGAGCUGUGAGAUGUCCUCCAGCUCAGACACCUUCUCCAGUCCGCUCCACUCUACCUCCACCAGGGGAGUUCUGGGGUGUCAGAUGGACCAUAAAGACGACCACCAGUCUUCUAGUGGGAACUGGAGCGGCAGCAGCUCAACAUGCCCCUCCCACACCUCUGAGAUCCUCCCUCAAGCCAUCUCCCCCCCGUUCACUGGCUUCUCUCACUGUGACUCGGAGCAGUCUCUCAACACCGCCCCAAACGCCAAGGUUGACCCCGCCACCUUCUUCAUCCUGGACCCGUACCAGGCAGACCGGCUGCUGGACGGCGCGGGGGUCAGCACGGCUAGCGACGGGGAGUGGAGUUACUCACACCCUGACCACCCCAGCCCCAGGCCCCAUGACCUCAGCCCUGAGCGCUCCAGAGAGGGGGAGGGGAGUCUGGGCUGCCCAAGCUUUACCAGCAUGGCUACCUGUGAGAGCUUCACUACAGACAAGCCUCCUUCUGAGAAGGCUGACACUGUAUCAUACUACUCCAUAGACACUGAGGGUUACUACACCUCCAUGCACUUUGACUGUGGUCUGAAAGGGAGCAAGAGCUUCAUGUAUAACUACUCUGCCUCUGACUGUGGCCAGGAGCACAUGACUCUGGGGAGACGCUGUCUGACGUUGAGGAAACCCAAGGCCAAGCCCUCUGCCCCCAGGCGCAGCUCCUCACUAAGGAAGAUCAGUGGGGGGGGGAACGCUCCUGACGACAGCGAACCAAAGACCCCCAGCGGGCAGCAGAGAGAGAUGUCCUCCAGAGAGAGGAGACAACAGCUGGACCUGGAGGGCUCCCUGGGCCGCCCUGACCCUGCUCUGAGAGGGGAGGGGGGCCUGGGGGGGUUUGGGUUAGAGCAGGAACCUCUGGACCGUCUAGAGGUCUGGCUGGGGGAGGGUAGACAGGAGAUGCCUGGCUCCGGCCUGUUUGGUUACUCUGACACACACUCCUUUAAGGAUGAGGGAGUUGUCCAGUCAGACUAUUCAGAUCUCUGGCUCAUGAAUGACUUGAAGUCCAACACCGACCCCUACCGCUCCCUGUCCAACUCAUCCACUGCUACCGGUGCUACUGUUAUAGAAUGCAGGAGAGUUCAGGAGAGUUCAGAGCCCCAGGCCUCCCAGUCAGGCUCCAGAGCCACCACACCCUCCCUGCACUCAGUAGAAGACUUCAAGAUGUCCUCCCUGCCCUCAGUAGAAGACUUCAAGAUGUCCUCCCUGCCCUCAGUAGAAGGGGACUUCAAGAUGUCCUCCCUGCCCUCAGUAGAAGGGGACUUCAGAAUCUCCUCCCUGCCCUCAGUAGAAGGGGACUUCAGAAUCUCCUCACUGCCCUCAGUAGAAGGGGACUUCAGGAUGUCCUCUCCAGAGAGGCUGACCGGCUUAGUGUCACCCACUAGUGGCUACUCAGAAACCCCCACCUCCUACUUCCCCUCAGCCUUCUUCCCCGAACCCCUGUCACCCAUCAAUCAGAAAAGGAAGCCUACGAUUCCAGAGAGGAAGUCAUCUCUGUCCGUCACCUCCACCAGAGAUCCGGAGCUGCCAAUCAUCCCCCCCAGCCACCUGGACCUCAGUGCCCUUAACAGCCCUAACCCUACCAACCCUACCCCUACCAACCCUAACCCUACCAACCCUAACCCAACCCCUACCAAGAACAAGCAGAAGUCAUCAGCGUCGGCCAGGACAGCAACAGAGACUACCAGCAGUAUUCCCAUGGCCAUCACCCCCACCGUGCUGCGCUCAGUCCAGCUGAGGUCUGUGGGGAAACAGGGAGGGAGCCCUGACCGGCCCGGCCCAGAAAUUGCCAUCAGACCCAAGUGUACCACUGUGAACAUCAUCAGCCCCUCCUCCAACAGCUGGUCCACUGAGGCCAGGAAGCCUCAAGCCUACAACUCCCAGGUUCCCCCCUCUCAACAGUACUGUGAGUCACUGUUCACCCCCAGUGAUAGCCCUGUCGCUAGGGAACCAGCAGGUCACAGUAGUGUGAGGUACAGACAGGACAGACACCCUGCUGAACCCCAGUGGAGUCCCACCGCCUUCAGAGUCUCAUCAGACCACACACUACCAGACCAGGAGACACUGGCAGACCAGGAGACACUACCAGACCAGGAGACACUACCAGACCAGGAGACACUGGCAGACCAGGAGACACUACCAGACCAGGAGACACUACCAGACCAGGAGACACUACCAGACCAGGAGACACUGGCAGACCAGGAGACACUACCAGACCAGGAGACACUACCAGACCAGGAGACACUACCAGACCAGGUGACACUACCAGACCAGGAGACACUGGCAGACCAGGAGACACUACCAGACCAGGAGACACUACCAGACCAGGAGACACUACCAGACCAGGAGACACUACCAGACCAGGAGACACUACCAGACCAGGAGACACUGGCAGACCAGGAGACACUGGCAGACCAGGAGACACUACCAGACCAGGAGACACUACCAGACCAGGUGACACUAUCAGACCAGGUGACACUAUCAGACCAGGAGACACUGGCAGACCAGGAGACACUACCAGACCAGGAGACACUACCAGACCAGGAUACACUACCAGACGAGGAGACACUACCAGACCAGGAGACACUACCAGACCAGGAGACACUAUCAGACCAGGAGACAUUGGCAGACCAGGAGACACUACCAGACCAGGAGACACUACCAGACCAGGAGACACUACCAGACCAGGAGACACUACCAGACCAGGAGACACUAUCAGACCAGGAAAUAUUGGCAGACCAGGAGACUCUACCAGACCAGGAGACACUAUCAGACCAGGAGACACUAUCAGACCAGGAGACACUACCAGACCAGGAAAUACUGGCAGACCAGGAGACACUAUCAGACCAGGAAACACUAUCAGACCAGGUGACACUACCAGACCAGGAGACACUAUCAGACCAGGAGACACUGGCAGACCAGGAGACACUAUCAGACCAGGAAAUACUGGCAGACCAGGAGACACUAUCAGACCAGGAGACACUAUCAGACCAGGUGACACUACCAGACCAGGAGACACUAUCAGACCAGGAGACACUGGCAGACCAGGAGGCACUGGCAAACCAGGAGACACUACCAGACCAGGAAAUACUGGCAGACCAGGUGACACUAUCAGACCAGGUGACACUAUCAGACCAGGUGACACUAUCAGACCAGGAGACACUAUCAGACCAGGAGACAUUGGCAGACCAGGAGACACUACCAGACCAGGAGACACUAUCAGACCAGGAGACACUGGCAGACCAGGAGACACUACCAGACCAGGUGAUACUACCAGACCAGGAGACACUAUCAGACCAGGAGACAUUGGCAGACCAGGAGACACUACCAGACCAGGAGACACUACCAGACCAGGAGACACUGGCAGACCAGGAGACACUACCAGACCAGGUGAUACUACCAGACCAGGAGACACUAUCAGACCAGGAGACAUUGGCAGACCAGGAGACAUUGGCAGACCAGGAGACACUACCAGACCAGGAGACACUAUCAGACCAGGAGACAUUGGCAGACCAGGAGACACUACCAGACCAGGAGACACUACCAGACCAGGAGACACUACCAGACCAGGAAAUACUGGCAGACCAGGAGACACUACCAGACCAGGAGACACUACCAGACCAGGAGACACUACCAGACCAGGAGACACUAUCAGACCAGGAAACACUAUCAGACCAGGAAAUACUAGCAGACCAGGAGACACUACCAGACCAGGAGACACUACCAGACCAGGAGACACUACCAGACCAGGAGACACUGGCAGACCAGGAGACACUACCAGUCCAGACCGCCCCAGACACAGAGACCACCCCAGACACAGACACCACCCCAGAGACAGACACCACCCCAGAGACAGACACCACCCCAGAGACAGAGACCACCCCAGACACAGAGACCACCCCAGACACAGAGACCACCCCAGACACAGAGCAAGGAUACUGCAGUAAAGAGUCCAGCCCCAGUGACAACUCUAGUGAGGAGACCAAGGCUGAAGAUGAUGUCUUCCUGUCGCCCACCAAGGCACGUACUACAGAGGACCUGUUUGCCAUUAUACACAGAUCCAAGAGGAAAGUUCUGGGCAGGAAGGACUCUGGAGAGUUGAGUGCCCGGAGCCAUCUGUGUGCUGCGUCUGGGAGCACGCCACCUGGCAAUCCUUUGACCUCUCCCGUGACCUCUCCUAGCACCCCACUGACCCCCAUCACCCCCACUGGCCCCCAGAAGGCCUCGGGACCCAUCUACCGCAGCCUGAAGAAGUCCUCCACCUCCAACGAGGAGUUCAAACUACUGCUCCUGAAGAAAGGCAGCCGGUCAGACUCCAGCUACCGCAUGUCGGCCACAGAGAUCCUGAAGAGCCCCAUCGGCCACAAGUCCCCUGGAGACCACCUGCCCACGCUGGAGGAGCCCCUCUCCCCCCCACCAUGCGCAGAGCAGCUCCCCAGCCCCUUCACAGAGGACUUGUCUCCUAAAGGCCUGUCCCCUGCAGCCUCCUUCAGACAGAGCCGCUCACGCAUCCCUCCACCAGCCACCAGCAGCCACUACAGCAUCCGCAGCAGACACCACCCUGCCCCCAUGCAGGCCAUCUCAGAGGGCGAGACGGAGAACUCAGAUAGGAACCCCUCCUCACAGGGCUCCUCCUAACAGACAGCACCUAACACUACCAGACAAUUAACACAGACAGAGGUACAGAUUAAGGUUUUAGAUUAGGGUAGAUAAUAGACAGAGCAACUGGACCACAAUGACUUAUGACAUUUGAACUGUGGUAAACUGUUUGUAAUACAGUAUGUAUUAGUAGGGUUUUGACCUUUUUGUAAGAAUACAGACACUAAUGAAACAGAAAUGUGAAUGAAACAACCUUUUAUAUUAUCCUGUAGCUACAAACACAACAUUUACUUGUGUAAUGAUUUCCUCAUGAAAUAAACACUUUUUUUUAUUGAAGACUUAGAAAAGGAAUGAGGAAUAUGU